AUGAAUAUGAAGUCUAAAGACAAAAUCGUUGUGAUCAUGGGUGCCACUGGUUCGGGCAAAUCAUCACUCUCUGUUGAUCUUGCUUUACAUUUUCAAGCAGAGAUCAUCAACUCUGACAAAAUGCAGUUCUACGAUGGCUUGAACAUAACCACUAACCAAUCCACCAUGGCGGAAAGACGUGGAGUGCCACAUCACCUUCUCGGUGAACUAAACCCGGAGGAGGGAGAAGUCACAGCAUCAGAGUUUCGCAAUGUUGCGGCUCAAGCCAUCUCCGGGAUUACUCACCGUAAGAAGCUCCCGAUCCUUGCCGGUGGAUCCAACUCUUACAUUCACGAUCUUCUUGCAAAUUCUUUCGACCCUGAAAACUAUCCGUUUUCUCCCAACGGCUCAAUCUGCUCAGGGCUGCGUUAUGAUUGUUGUUUCAUUUGGAUAGACGUGGCUCGGUCUGUGUUAUUUGAGUAUCUUUCAUUACGUUUGGAUAAGAUGAUGAAGACAGGUAUGUUCGAGGAGAUCGCUGAGUUCCACCGCGCUAAAAAGGCCCCGAAAGAGCCAAUGGGGAUAUGGAAGGCUAUAGGGGUGCAAGAGUUUGAUGGCUACCUUAAAACGUACAGUGGCAUGGGGAAAUGGGACCUUGUGAGGAAGAAGGCUUAUGAUAAGGCGGUGAGAGCGAUAAAGGAGAACACAUUUCAGCUCACGAGAGAUCAAAUCAAGAAGAUCAAGAAGUUGAGAGCUGCCGGGUGGGAUAUCAGAAAGGUGGAUGCUACAUCAACGUUUAAGGAGGCCAUUAGGGCAGCCAAAGAAGGCAAAGGUGGAGAUGAGAUGCAGAGAAAGAUAUGGAACAAGCAAGUGGUGGAACCGUGUGUGGAGAUGGUAAAGAGACAUUUGGAGCAGCCGAUCGAUUACAGCAGUGAGAUUGAUUUCGGUUCUUUUUUUCUAAAGAGCGUGAUUUAUUAG